GUUUGCAUACCUCACUGGCGUCAAUACGCCAACACUCGGGAAGGCCCCGCAAGCCAGCUGCUAACCUGCACUAGCCAGCAGCUGCCAAAAUGGCUUUACUACAUAGGCAAAUGCGCGGCCAACAAUGCAGCAGCCUGCCCAAACAGCUUGCGGCACCGACAGUGUUGUCGAGGAGGGUCUGCCGGCAGCUUUCAGCUCAUACAGCUGUAGGAAGGACAAGCAAUAAACGUCAUUUGCUCCAGCAGAUUGCUGGCGCUACGCUCCUGGUCCACACAUCAAGCGUCAGCUCAGCGAGCGCUACAUUAGCGGCUCCAGACCGAGGGGGCGAGGUAUCAACAUCCCCUCGUGGAAGCGAUGUGCUAGAUCCGCCUACCUAUGUAACAGCAACCGGGCGAAUUGUUGCAAUCGGGGAUCUUCACGGCGACCUAGAAAAAGCAGUUGAGGCUCUCAUGUUAAGCAACGUUAUCAGCGUCAGCGAAGAGGGGACGGUUUCAUGGGUAGGAGGCGACACGGUCGUAGUGCAGCUAGGAGAUGUGCUGGACAGAGGAGACGUCGAAAUCGGCAUCAUUAACAUGCUGCGCUACCUGGAUGUGGAGGCUCGGCGGCACGGGGGCGCCGUGUACAUGCUCAAUGGCAACCACGAAAGCCUGAACGUGCUUGGGGACUUCCGGUACGUCACGCCGGGCGCCUUCGCCGAGUCGGCCCUGUACGGCGGCCUGAGUGAGUCGGAGCUGCGCGACUUCAAGCUGGUCGCGCAGGUACGCUACUCGCUGUACCGGCCGGGGGGGCAGCUGGCGAGGGAGUUUGCGCGCAACCCCACCGUGCUGGUCGUCAAUGACACGGUGUUUGCGCACGGAGGCCUGCUACCAACGCACACGGAGUACGGCAUUGAGCGGAUAAACAGGGAGGUGGCGGCGUGGAUGCGGGGGGACCUGGCGCCGGACGGCGGCCCUUGCAAGCCGCCAGUGGUUGCCAUGGGCGCCAACAGCGUCAUGUGGAACCGCUCCCUCUCCAAGGACUUUGCCAGCCCCAACGAGCGCUACCACGCCUGCCGCAACUUGCAGCAGGCCCUGGCGCGGGUGGGCGGCCGGCGGCUGGUGGUGGGGCACACGCCGCAGGUCGGGGGCGCCAACUGCGAGUGCGACAACCGCGUGUGGCGUAUCGAUGUGGGCAUGUCGCAGGGCGUGCUGAACCGGCCGGUGCAGGUGCUGGAGAUAGCGCCGCGGGAGGAUGGGGAGGUGGAGACGCGGAUUCUGCGGAAGGGGUCGUCGUUGGGCAGCUAUGACACGGACUUUGACAUCGCCGCCACGCUUUAGUUGGGAGUUGUGGGGUUGGCGGGACGGAUUGAAGGGCCGGAGGGGCACGUUGUAAGAGUGUAAGGGUGCGGGGUGGAGGGGCGCUGGGCCUAGGUGGGGGCUGGUGGAGUUGCUUGUGGUCUUUUGCCCGUUGUGCAAUCACCGAAGGCA